CUCUUUCUCUCUUUCUCUUUUCUUUUAGUCAACCAUGAACAACACAAAGGCUCUGAUGGUUGGAAGUAUACCGAUUGGGCUGUUAAUCAUUACACACUUAAAGUCAUUGCCGUUUGCUUAUACAGUACGUUCAUGGCUGUUACUGAGAACACUUAUAAAGAGAGCAAAGACAAACAAUCUACAACCUGAUGAUUUAUUCACUGUUGUAUCCCAAAGCCAUCGAUGCUAUUUGGAUGAUAUAGACUAUAAUCAACAUAUGAACAAUAGCAUGUACAACAAAUUACUUGACUUUAGCCGAAUUCAUAUCUUGUAUACAGUUAUGCCUAAAGUCAUGAUGGAACCAAAUCACCAUAUAUUCGCUCAUAAUGCAGGUGUUUUGACUCUCUUCAAGAAAGAAAUUCCUCCAUUUUCAAAGUUUAACAUCGAGAGUCGUAUUUACACUUGGAAUGAUAAAUGGGUUUUCUUACAACAUAGAUUUGUCUUUGAUGAUGGCAGUGUUGCUUGCUAUGCACUCAGUAAGAUUGUAUUUAAAAAACUGUCCGGAAAGACUGUUCUUCCAAAGCAGGUGUUUGAAUUAUGUGGGCAUGAUUUGGAGAGUAAUGAAAUAGAGGAAAGAAGGGCUCAUAAUUGGAAAAUAGCUCAAAAUAUGUUAAAUUUGGAUCAAUUGGUACAGGAUAUGUACCCAUGGUCAGCAAAGUUGUAAUAAAGGGACCUUUUAUUUUAAACUCCAUAGUUCUGAAUAUAAUGGUAACUUUUUUUAAAAAUAAAGAUAAGGUACAUUCAACUUAUUUCAAAGCUAUUUGAAUCAAACAACAAUGUACAAGCAAUGGAUAAGCAUGAAAAAACCCACAACAUUAUCGCCUCUCAAAUAGCAAAUAAAGACACUACCCUUUGUAAAUAAGUUCAAAAACGAUAAUGAUAAACUAGAUGUGAUAGAUAAAUUAAUCCAGAAUUGAAAAUAUACUUGAUGUCUCAAUUCCUCUAAGCACUGUCCAUA